AAAAUCGCAGACACAGCACGGACAAUACGUGAAUACAGUGGGGCGAAACUUCAAGCAGACAAAGCUCGUUCCAAUAGCAUGAAUCUGGGGUUGGCUUUCACUCUCACUAUCGCUGGCAAGCACUGAAGAAGAGGAAGAAGAUGCAGAGCGACAUGAGUGUUUUCUGUUUGACAGAUCCUGGGCCCGUGUUGGAUUAAAUGUUUAGUUACAUCUGUUUGUUUAUUUGUGAAUAUUUGGACUGUCAUUGUAAAUGAAUGGAAAAUGGAAUAGGCAAUUGUGCACAGCAAACCAUUCACCAAUAAAGGCAGAAUAUAGAUAUUAUGCUGUUGAUCUUGCUUCUUUUUAAAUGUACACUGUUUUUAAGUUAUAAUUAUAAUCCCCUGUCUGUCUCUGAGCUGCCCCACAUGUAGAGGAGGGGGCACAGUGAUGUCUAAAGAAGAUGGUGAUGAUGUUGAGCUGUGCUCUCUUGCAGCCGCAGCGCCACCUGCUGCACCACAGAGGAACUGAGCUUUUCUCUUUGAGCUGCUUACAGAAAGCGCCCAUGCAGCACUGGCACUGAGCCCUGCCAAUGAGUCAGCGUCACAGCAGAGCUGCAGGUCAAUCGUUUCUGAUGAUGAUUAUCAAUGCAUUUACAUCUCACUGAAUGAUACAGGCUGCAUGCUUUUCAGCAUCUUAAUUUCUAGUCUGGAGCUAAUUUGUUGCUAAAGAAACCAUGGAUCAGUUUCGGGGUUUAUUUGCUAAACUGGAUCAAAAUAAGGAUGGGUUCAUAUCAGUGUCGGAACUUCACAACGAAAUGAAGAAAUAUGGGAUCCUCUCAGCGGAUGGAAAGGUCCAGAAUAUCAUUGACUCUUAUGACAAAGACAAAGAUGGCCUGUUGGAUUAUAAAGAAUUCCUCAGCUACAUGAUGGACAGAGAAAAGAAAUGGAAAAUUUACUUUCAUGACCUUGACAAGAACAAGUGUGGAGUGAUUGACCAGGACGACAUCAUAUGUUUGUUUAAGGAGCUAGGAGUGGUCAUAUCAAAGCCGAAUGCAAAAAAAAUAAUUCAAAUGAUGGAUAAGGACAGUUCCAUGACAGUAGACUGGGGUGAAUUCCUGCACCAUGUCAUCCUCAACCCUGUGGACAACAUCGGAGAGCUGGUGUCGUCAUGGAAACACAAUCUGGUUUUCGAUGUGGGUGAGAGCCGAGCAAUGCCCAUUGAGUUCCCCGAGGAGGCGUCAGAUUUUGGUGCGUGGAGGACGUUUGUUCUGGCUGCAGGACUGGCAGAUGCUGUAUCCCGAACUGUGACAGCCCCAAUCGACCGCCUUAAGACCCAGCUCCAGGUUCAUGGAUCCAAGGCCUUCUCCCAAGGCUUACAGGAGAUGAGAGCAGGUGGUCUGCGGUCAAUGUGGCAAGGCAACGCUGUCAACGUGCUGAAGGGAACACCGCAGUCAACGCUACAGUGUCUUAUCUACGCCCAGAUGAAGGUGUACACCCAAAACAGAACCCAGGAGACUCUGACGGUGCAGCAGCGUUUCGGCCUGGGUUGUGUGUCUGGUGCUGUCGCUCAUGCUGCCUUCUACCCUUUAGAGGUGCUGAAGGUGAGGCUGAAUCUGCAACAAGCUGGCACCUACCAAGGUGUUGUGACAUGCGCCCGAUCUAUUUAUACAUACGAGUCUUUAUCCUCCUUUUACAGAGGAUUCAAGCCGAGCAUCCUCUGUAUGAUUCCCUACGCAGGUGUGGAGUGUGCAGUUCAUCAGUCAAUCAUGAACUGGGCGAAGAGUGAUCCAGCCUACAACAGUGACUCCAAACUGUUUUUCUUCAGUUUUGUGGCCUUUGCUUCUGGACAAAUGACCAGUUACCCACUGGCAGUGAUCCGCACUCAGCAGCAAGCACAAGCUUUCAGUUCAGAUUCACGUUCAGCUUCAGGUGUGUUAGAAGGACUCAGAGGGAUAUAUGAAAAACGCGGGAUUAGAGGAUAUUAUAAUGGAAUGGGAGCCAGUUUCGUCAGGGCUAUUCCAUGUGCUCUGAUAAACUACACUUUAACUAGGAAAUUUGAAAAUCUGGUUUCCUGAGCCAAGUCUUGAGAUGUAUCAGAGAAGAGGUUGCUUUCUUGGGAACUCAAAGAAAAGAAAAACUGUGAAUUAAUGUUGACUGAGUGUCUGGAAAAAGCACUGGAAUUCUGGAAAAACUGGGAAAAUGUCUGAUGACAUGCAUUAUCGUGUGAUUUAACCUAUAAUACCUCUAGCUUUUUUAAAAGCUUGAGUUAAGUGAACAGUUUACAACUGACCAAAAAUAUGAGACAUGCUGAAGUUUUUAAUUCCAUGCACCUCACUGAUGCAUGAUUUACUGUAAAUUCACAAUGUGACAAAUAUAUUAAUUGCCCACUUGAUACUGGGCUGUGUAAAUGAGGAUGUGUUGAAGUGUGAG